AGCGUUGAUCAAGGAUUCUAUAAGCUUCUUAAACCAUCGAGCGAUAAGAAAGGAUCCAUAAUGGGAACUAUGACGACGAACGAAGUCAGGUCGCAGUUGAUAAAACAGUGGUACCUCAUGAGAUACGACAUAGCUGUAGUACUUAUGAUGAACGAUAAGUACCAAGAAGCUAUUGACCUUCUUCACGGAAGUAAACUUAAGACACAAUUUCCAGAAACUUAUCUUCUACUUGGCGAUUGUAUGCUCAAGUUAGGAAGACCUGAAUCAGCAUUACGCAUGUACCUAGAGUGUCGUACCAGGACUCGCGAAUCCUGGGGGAAGGUAGAGCACAAGAAGAUAAGUCUGACUAAGCGAAUAGCUGGUCUCCUGAAUCACCAGACCGGACAUUAUAUUGAUGCUAGGCGAUACAAGGAAGGAAUAAAUAUUUCCAAAACUGUCGUCCAAUUGCUGGAGGACGACGUUGAUGAUCUUACAAAAUGUGGGACGCUUCGCGGAGAAGCAUAUAUAAAUAUGUCGCGUAGUUAUUAUCAACGUGAUAUUACAAAUUCAAAUAUGCUAGAUUAUAGCCAUAGGACGGCUGCCGAUGGUUUACGUUUUGCUAGGGGUAACGAUCACGGUGCACUUUAUGGAGCACUUUUUGGCGACAAGCCACUUGAAAGUGUUUUGGAUAAAUAUGCUACCAAACGGCAGCUUCCUUUCUCCGUGAAAAUGCUCAUCCAAUAUUCUUAAAUUUAUAUAAGUAAUAUAGGGUGAUAAGAACACCUCUUACACGUUAAUCCACUCUGAUGAUGAUAAGGACGAAUGAUUAAUCUUCAUAUAAAUUUUAAUUUUACUUCAUUCUAUGUCU